AUGGAGAUCGAUCCGACCAGAAGAAACAAAAAGCCGCGUCUCCUGCUAGAAUCCGAGCGAGAACGGCUGGAUGAAUUCAUCGACUCAAUCCACUAUUCGGCAAGGUAUUCCGAUGACAAGUUCGAAUACCGCCAUGUUCAGCUGCCCAAGAACAUGCUAAAGAAAAUCCCGGCCGAGUACUUCGACAGCGCCAAGGGGACAUUGAAACUGUUGUGGGAGGAGGAGUGGCGCGCACUGGGGAUCACACAGAGCUUGGGAUGGGAACACUACGAGGUGCAUGAGCCAGAACCGCACAUCCUGCUAUUCAAGUUGGUCUUGUCCAUGGACACCAUUUUCUCGCGCGCCGCUAACUCACCGAGCAGGCGCCCUCUUAACUACCAGCCUCCACUGACCCAGUAG